UCAUUGCAAAAAGAGAGUUGGGUAGAAGAGGUGAUCUGUCAAAGGAAGAAAAAAGGAGAAGAAGCAGUUGCUGCAGCGACAGAAAGACAAGAAGACACACAAGGACGAACGAAGCUCAAAGAUAUGGCGCACGUCGUGAGCGUUCCAAAUGAGAACCAAGGACCAUUGUUAAACCGCGUGAGCGUUGCCGUUUACUCGAUUGCGGUGGUGUUCAUCGGGCUUAGAUUUCUCACACGCGGAUGGAUAGUGAGAAAGUACGGGCUGGAUGACUUCCUGGUCGGGGUGGCAAUUACACUAGGGGGCGUGCAGACGGCGACCAUUGCGCUGCAAGUCAAAUACGGCCUGGGAUGGCACGUUGGAGAGAUCAAGAUACACGACUAUGACCUUCUCCUAAAGUACAAGUGGGUGAACAUGAUGGUAUACUACAUUGCAAACUGGGCGGUCAAGAUGAGCAUUCUGGCUCUGUACCACCGUAUCGGAUCGGGCCACAAAGGGUUGCCCUUGAUCUUACAGUCAAGAGUGGUAGGGAUGAUCGUAGGGGCCGUCACAGCUUUCACCGUCGCUGUGUUCUUUGCUGAGCUUUGCGCCUGCCAACCAAUCUCGGCGACGUGGAAAGUCGAGAGCGAUAUCCGAUCCUGCAUGGAUAUGCGAGCCUUCUACAUUGCACAAGGAUCCAUCAACGUCGUAGUAGACAUGCUUUUGUUGAUCUUUCCGCUUCCUUUGCUUCGAAUCCUGAAUAUCAACCAGCGACAGCGAAUCGCUCUCGUGCUUAUAUUCUCCAUCGGAGUCAUACCACUAGUCGCAAGCAUCAUUCGGCUUACGGAAAUUGUGAUGGUGUCCAACAUGGAGUCGCUUCCGUACCUCGCGGACGAUCCCAGCUGGAGAUGGGCUUGGGUACCAGUGUGGGGACAGAUCGAGGUAGAUGUAGGGAUUGUAGCAGCAUCUCUACCGAGUCUCAGCCCACUUCUAAAGAAGUUUUGGUGUGGGGUAUCAACGCAAAUGUAUACGGGCGGUGGACCACAAUAUACUCGUUCACUCGUGGAACCUUUGGAGAGCCGGACAUUGCAAGCGCCCUCAUCGACACGUUCCGCAUCAACACUGGCCAACACAGAAGCCAAGAACCGAGAGUCAGUCCAGUCUCAAGACUCGAGUGAAUGCUUGGAUCUGGAGGCAUUUCCAAGUACUCCAUCGACAAUUGUGGUUGGGGAGGCUGUGACAGUAAAGAUACAGGUUCAGAUAGGAAAGUAG